AUGACUCCUCCCCCACAAAUGGCAAAUGAAGCCAUUGUCUCGACAUACAAAUUCCCAACAGCGAGGGUGGAAUGCAGCACCCUAAACGCCAUCCUUGUCAUUAGCAAUAAGAUCUUCCCCGUCGGCCGAACGUCCUAUAUGAACUGGGAAUCUUUCGGUCCUGCGCCUGAAUUAGGAGGUUGA